AUGGAAGCUACAAAGGCUAGAGGAUUACGUGGCAAACUGGACAAAGUUGUUCUAGCCACCACUAAGACACAUCUGGAGAACUAUGGCUGUGAAGUAGUUUGCUUCACUGCGGAUGUUAGUCAGGGUGUAGAGGAAUUGGAAGGCUUGGAGAAAAAGGCUAAAGCCAGUGGGGCUUCUCAGUUAGUGGUGAAGGACUUGAGGGAGGAAUUUGUGCGAGACUACGUAUUCCCUUGCUUGAGAGCUGGUGCUAUUUAUGAGAGGAAAUACUUGCUGGGAACUUCCAUGGCCCGCCCUGUUAUUGCAAACGCCAUGGUGGAUGUUGCCAUAGAAGUUGGAGCUGAUGCUGUCUCUCAUGGAUGCACAGGAAAAGGAAAUGAUCAGGUUCGCUUUGAGCUUACAUUCUUUGCUCUGAAUCCCAAGCUAAAUGUUGUAGUUCCUUGGAGGGAAUGGGAUAUUAGAGGAAGAGAAGAUGCUAUUUAUUAUGCUAAGAGGCAUAAAGUGCCCGUCCCAGUCACAAAACAAUCCAUAUACAGCCGGGACAGGAACUUAUGGCACCUUAGCCAUGAGGGUGACAUUCUGGAAGACCCGGCAAUCGAGCCUAAGAAGGAUAUGUACAUGUUGACGGUGGACCCAGAAGAUGCACCGAGUGUACCAGAAUAUGCUGAAAUCGGGGUAGAAUCGGGUCUUCCCGUUUCAGUCAACGGGAAGAGGCUAUUUCCGGCAUCUCUACUUGCAGAACUCAACAAGAUUGGUGGAAGGCAUGGAAUUGGCCGAGUUGACAUGGUUGAAAACCGACUUGUUAGUAUGAAAAGCCGUGGAGUGUAUGAAACUCCAGGUGGGACAAUCCUCUUCACCGCUGUACGAGAGUUGGAGUCUUUAACUAUUGAUCGAGAAACCAUGCAAGUUAAAGAUUCACUCGCCCUCAAAUAUGCAGAGCUAGUGUAUGCAGGCAGAUGGUUCGACCCACUCCGCGAGUCAUUGGAUGCAUUCAUGGAGAAGAUUACCGAGUCUACCACAGGUUCAGUUGAACUCAAACUAUACAAAGGUUCUGUUAAUGUAACAGGCCGAAGUAGCCCCUAUAGCCUCUACAGGAAAGAUGUCUCGUCUUUUGAAGACAGCUUGAUCUAUGAUCAGGCUGAUGCUGCUGGGUUUAUACGGCUUUAUGGUCUUCCAAUGCAGGUUCGAUCAAUGCUUAAGCAGGGUAUCUAAGGCUUGGCCUCCUUUGUUUUGUCUUUCUAAUUAACAAUCCAUUUGGAUUAGUUUAACAAUUGGUAUUAGGUUCUUAGGAUCUACCAACUAUUUAGAGUUCCUUCUUGUGUCGUGCUUUAGUUUUCUAGUUUGUUUUGUGAUUGAUUUGGACAACAAUGGAAACCUUGUUUAUUCUUCUUUAUUG